GCGGUAAGAUGAUGAAAAGAACUGAAUAACGGUACGAUAGGGUUUGUUUUGCAGGAUAUAUAAGCAAACUUAUAGUGUAAGUCUGUGACUGUGCGAGAUCAUAAACUCAAAGAGUAACAAACAAGGAUGAUGUCGAAGCUUGUUUUUUGUCAUUCCGACGCCAAUACGUCGUCGUCUGCUACCCGUGAUGGACCUCAUCCGCAAAAGCUGAGCGUAAGCGACACAGAGCAUCUGAUUACUGAAAUCUUAUGUCGUCUUCCGGUUAAGAAUCUUCUGCGUUUUAGAUGUGUAUCUAAACCUUGGUGUUCGCUUAUUGAUAGCCCACGUUUUGUCAAAGCACAUCUGAAGAGAUCCAUUGAAUGCAAAGCUAAACCUGGGAUCAUUAUUAAUAGUUUCGUUUCUUACUCGGUGGACUAUGAUUCCCUAGGUCAUGCCACUACUGCUAUAGAAAUUGAUGAACCAUUAAAGACUUAUCUCCAUGCUACUGGGGAUGUGGGUUCAUGCAACGGCUUACACUGCUUGUAUAAUAUACAAACUGACCUUUUCUUAUGGAACCCGGCAAUGAGAAAGUGCAGGAAGUUACCUUCUGCACCAGCUGAUUUUCUUCGUCCUUUUGAGUUUGACAAGUCUUCCCUCUGUGGCUUUGGUUACGAUGCUGCGAAUGAUGAUUACAAGGUUCUGAGAAUUGUCCAGCCUGACGGUCAUGACUUGUGUGGCUCUAAGGCCACAAUGUAUAGCCUUAAAGCUAACUCAUGGAGACGACUUCAAAAUAUUUCUGGUUAUUUCCAAUUUUGGGGAGCAUGGGGUAUAUUUAUAGGUGGAGCUCUGCAUUGGAUUACAGUUACGCCUCUGGGCUCCCCAUCAAUUCUUGCUUUUGAUCUUGGGGUUGAAAACUAUAGGGAGGUUCUGAUGCCUAGACUUCAGAACAACUAUUGUGAAAACUUGAAUAUGGUUAUCUUUGCAGAUUCACUUUGCAUGCUUGAGUAUCACCCUCUUAUUCGGAUAGAUGUCUGGGUGAUGAAGGAGUAUGGGGUGGGGAAUUCUUGGUGCAAGCUAUUUUCAGUGGAACAGCCAAAAGUAACCAGAUGCUGUAUGUCUAUCACGCCUAUCUUUUAUUCAAAGAACCGUAAGGAUGUUCUUUUAGAAGUGGAUAGCAAGAAGUUGAUGUGGUAUAACCUUAAAAAGAAGAGAGCCAGAACUGUUAAGAUUACUAAUCUGCCGGAAAUUUUUGAUUUGGAAGUCUACACUGAGAGUCUUGUUUCACCUGACUAUAAUAUUAGUUGCGGCGGGACACAGGUGCUGAGCCGACCACAAGAGAAGAAAAAACAGCAGCAGCAGAGGAAUAAGAGGGAUGGACCUCAAUCACAAAGGCUGAAUGUGACUCCCUACCUGACGGAAUUUCUGGUUUCUGAAAUCUUAUCUCGUCUUCCAGUAAAGACCCUGUUGCAAUAUAGAUGUGUAUCUAAACCCUGGUGCUCUCUUAUUGAUAGUCCACGCUUUGUCAAGACCCAUCUUAAGCGAUCUAUUGAACACAACACCAAUACUGGUCUUAUAAUUAGAGGUGACAAUUUCCACCUGGUGGAUUUUGAUUGUCUUGAACAAGCCACUCCCGUUGAAAUUGACGAUCCGUUGAGGAUACGUCUCUAUGGUUGUUCAAUCGUGAGUAAUAUCGAUGGAUUACAUUGUUUGUAUAAUCCAAAACCAGACAUAUUCAUAUGGAACCCGGCAACCAGAAAGUGCAGACACUUGCCUGAUGCACCAGCUGAUUUUAAUCGUCCUUUCGGCUUUGGUGGGACUUCCCUUUGUGGUUUUGGGUAUGAUGCUGUUAAUGAUGACUACAAGGUUAUGAGAAUUCGGACCGAUGAUCAUGGUUUGGCUGGCUCUAAGGUCAUUGUUUAUGGACUAAAAACUCACUCAUGGAAACGCCUUAAAAACAUUCCUUAUCAGUUCCAGCAUUUUGGAGUAUGGGGUAUGUUUAUGGGUGGAGCUCUGCACUGGAUUACAAUUAAGAGUGGGGGAUGCCCAUCAAUUCUUGCUGUCGAUCUUGGGGUUGAAAAUCAGAGGGAGAUUCCAUUGCCUAGACUUCAGACUAAGAAUGUGAAUCAACUAAGUAUAAUUACAUUCGAAAAAUCCCUUUGCAUACUUGAAUACUUGUUUGGUGUUCGUCUAAAUGUAUGGGUUAUGAAAGAUUACGGGGUGGGAAAUUCUUGGUGCAAGUUAUUCUCGGUGGACCAACCAAAAGUAAUUAGAUCUUUCGUGUCCAUUACACCUCUUGCUUUUUCAAAGAGUCGUAAGGAUGUUCUGCUAGAAGUAGACAAUAAGAAAGUGAUGUGGUACGACCUUAAAAAGAAGAAAGUUAAGACUGCUAAGAUUGCUAAUUUACCAAGUAUAUUUGAUUUGGAAGUCUACACUCAGAGUCUUGUUCCGCUCGACUAUAAUAUGACUUCUGAUGAGAAGCAACUGCAGAAGCAACCAAAGGAGAAAAAAAUACAGCAGCAAGUGCAAAAGAGGGAUGUGAGGGACAAAUUUCUUUCAACGGGAUUCAAGUUGGUAUUAUGAGCUGUUAGCGAUUCGGGAGUUAAGAAUAAAGAUGGUGAAGGUUUAUAAUUUGAAGGGUUUUACAUGGGGGAGAGCAAAGCCAAUAUGCCAGAAAGAAGAUUGCUGUUGGAAUUGCUUGUCGUGGAUUACAAAUGUUUUUGAUGAUCUAGCCUGCAUGUAUAAUAUCUUCACCCGAUAAUUUAACUGCUUUUCUUUUGCAGUCUACGGAACUCGUGUUGCUGGUUGAGACUUUAAGAUUUUAAUGUAUUGAAAUGUUGGGAUUUAUUUGGCAGUAUAUUAAGGUUGAUUUUCAA